AUGCCAUAUCCGCAGCCACCGCCCAUGCCCAUGAUGGGAACCGUCAUACCCUUGGUCCCUCCCCAGAUCUCUCCCCAUCAGCAGCGUCAUCAUCAGCAGCACCAUCAUCACCAUCACCUCCAACAUCCCCACCUCCUCAACCAGCCCACCACCUACCAGCUCUGGGUCCCUCAAGAGCGCGUUGGCGCCGUUAUUGGCGGACAGGGGACUGUUAUUCGUAGCCUGCAAGAGCGUUCCGGUGCCACUAUCCAGGUUCACAAUGACACUGUUCGUGGAGAUCGCAAACUCUUUACAAUUUUUGGUACCCUGGCCCAGUACGACAUUGCAAAGCAGCUUAUCAGUGACAUUGUUGAAAAACCGCGACAAUCUCAUGGCAGCAGCCACGCGGGCCCGCAUUCAACGUCUGACCGAUCUCCGUAUUCACAAUCGGGUGAUCACGGGCCUAGGUCGGGUGACGUGUGGAAAACUGUCUAUGUUCCCACAAGCUGUGUCGGCCUAGUAAUUGGCCGAAACGGAGAGACCAUACGAAAUUUGCAGGAUCGAUCCGGUGCUGAUAUCAAAGUCACACCAGACGAAGAAGCCCAACCUGGAGCAGACACCCGUUCUAUAUUGUUAUCGGGGACAGACGAAGCGAUUUCCACAGCACAUCAACUCGUCUCCGAAAUCGUUAUGGACGCUAAAUCACGCCGGCCGCCCCACAGUGGACCUCAAGUGGGGUUCGCUCUCAACGGGCAGUCACUAGUUUUCGAGGUUUUGUCCAUCCCGAAUGAAAAGGUUGGGCUCAUCAUAGGUAAGAAGGGGGCGACCAUUCGCGAUUUGCAGAUGAGAUCGGGCGCCAAAAUUCAAGUCACGAAAGACGAGAGCUCUGUCCAAAGCGAUGGUACUCGUCCUGUAACCCUCACAGGGAUGCGCGCAAACGUCGACGAAGCUAAGGCAAUGAUUGCGAGCAAAAUCAAUAUGCCCAUGUCACAGUCCUCAACAGCAAACCCAGUGUACAACAACAGCCCGCCGCAACCCGGUCCUAGCUCGACGUCCCCUGGCGGUCCAAGUCAACCCGGUCCCGGGUACAUGGUACCAAACUUGUACGAACCUGCUUUCCAGAAUGGUCAACAACCAUUUCAGCAAGGUUACGAUGCGAAUGAUGCCAAUGCACAAAGUAGAGCGAUGGCGUACUUUCAAUACGUCGGAUACAACAAUUACAUGGCACAGCAGCGGCAGUUUCAAUCGCAUAUGCCAAUGCAUUUUCCCAUUCCUCAACAACAGCAGCUGGAACAACAGGCACCAUCGGCUAACUCCUCACAAGACCAACAAGAGGCCUCGGGGCAACCCUCGCAGUACUCACCUACCCCAUUACAACAGGGACAGCAACUUGAAAGUAUUCAAGGUUCCCCUGGUAUUGCUCAGCGAGAUGCUAGUGGCAACAUCGUGAUGUACCCAGCACAGCAGUAUCAACAAUUGUCACCACAUAUGGCUGGGCAUCAAAUGUACUCGACUGGUCCACCAAACCGCAUGUUUUCCCGACGUGAGCAAGUUCAAGCGGCACAAGUGCGCGCCCAGAUGGUGAUGCAUGCCCAAGCACAUGCUCAUGCACAAGCGCAGGCUCAAGCUCACGCACAGGCACAAGCUGAAGCUCAGGGAGAGUCUGAAGCACGGCUCCAAACACAUGAACCUUUAGUACCAACUCCUGAAGAUGACGGAUAG